CCUGCGCCGCCGCCCUCUCGCCGGCCACUACGGGGCGCGGGUACGCGGCCGGCGCUGGCCGAAUGGAGGAGGAUGGCGGCAGUGGAGCCGCGGCGAGCCCGGCGUCGGCCACCGCGUCCAGGCGCUUCGUGCGUUGCCUUUAUGCGGUGGGCUUCCUGGAUUUGUUUGGUGUGAGCAUGGUUGUUCCUUUAAUGAACCUUCAUAUCAAAUCUCUAGGAGCAAGUCAUACAGUUGCUGGAAUAAUAGGAUCUCUCUACGGUAUAAUGCAACUCUUUUCCAGCACAUUCGUGGGCUGCUGGAGUGAUAUAGUAGGAAGACGAUAUUCCCUGCUUGCGUGUAUUCUUCUCAGCUCACUGGGAUACUUCCUUCUUGGAACAUCCACCACUGUGCUCUUGUUUGCCAUUUCUAGAGUCCCUGUAGGUAUUUUCAAACACACACUCUCCAUCUCUAAAGCCCUGCUUUCUGACUUGGUUUGUGAGAGAGAUCGCCCUUUAGUAAUGGGACGCUUCAAUGCAGCCUCUAGCGUGGGCUUCAUUCUGGGGCCCGUUGUUGGUGGCUACCUUACAGAGUUGGAAGAUGGCUUUUAUCAAACGUCAUUUAUCUGUGCCUCUAUCUUCAUUCUGAAUGCUGGUCUUGUCUGGAUGUUACCUUGGAGUGAAGAAAUCCCUGGCAAUAGGGGACGUCAGCAAGACAGCAAAAGAACGGACAGUUUCUCAGCAAAACCAAGUCAUGAUGGGCACCUAAAUUCAGCAGCUAGCAGAGCCGUGGCAAGUGAAAGUCUUUUCUCAUCUCCAUGGAUCCAAGUUGUAACAGUACUGAAGAGGAUUAAAGGAAUUGCAUGCUCCGAUCUGUGGGAUAUAUUUUUAGUGCGGUUGCUGAUGUCUGUUGCUAUACUGCUGUACUACAGUAAUUUUACUCUGGCCUUGGAGGAGAGAUUUGGGAUGAAACCUUUGUUCUCUGGAUACCUAACAAGCUAUAGCAGUGCACUUGGAGUCCUGGCUGGCUGUCUGCUUGGACCAAUAACAAGAUUCUAUCAGCACAACACUUACAGACUUUUGUUGCACUCUAGCACUCUUACCUGCACAUUGAUUCUCCUGUAUGCUUCAGCGCUGAGCAUAUGGAUGGUCAUUUUGUCUUCCACAUUCUUAGCCUUUUCAACUACUAUAGGUCGUACUUGUAUCAUUGAUCUUGAACUGACCAUUGGUGGGAACAAGGCAAGUGGUACGCUCCUAGGUGUUGGACAGUCUGUGACCUCAAUAGGACGUAUAGUUGCCCCACUCCUUUCUGGUAUUUCUCAGGAGUUCAGUCCUUGUGGCCCUCCAAGUCUGGGGGUUGGACUAGCUUUAGUAGCUAUUCUGGUAAUGAAUGCCAACAAACAAAAAUACUGCAGUCGUGGAGAUGUUAAGUUAAAAAAUCAGUAGGUGCCAAUUUGGAUUGAAUAGAUCUAUUUUACAGGAAGGACAAACCGAAUCAAACUGGGAUGGUGAUUACACCUGCCAGACUUGGACAGUAGUAACAGUACCUUUUAAGAAGACCCCCUAUUUUCACAUGGAGGCAAGUAAAUAUAAACAUUUCUGCUGCCAGGAUGUUAUUCCAGCAAAUGUUAUUCUGACUGGUACCACUAGAACACUUGUGACAGUAACAGGUGUUGCUGUGUUGUAUUGGCUGGGAUUUUUUAAAUGGAUUUUAACGUUCUUGGAAGGGAAAAAGCACAACAUGAAAUACACAAAUCAUGCUUGUAGCUCACAUUUGAAUGGAUGUUUAGAUUGAUGGAUUAUUCAAAAGCAGAAACUGGUUCUUAUUAUUUAAACAUAGCUGAAUUUUUAUUACUUAAUCAGAGAAUUUCCGUUAUAGCUCAUUAGUUUUAAUUUCUUGUGCUGUGGUCUACUGCCGUUUGUCUGCUGUGACAAAGCUUAAUUAGCAGGGUUUAUGUAAUUUUGUUUGUUUAUGUAAUUUUGUUAAGCGUACUUUGUCCAAAAAACUUGGUGUACAGCAUGUGAUUAGGUACCUUGGGCUGGCCAUUCAAGCCCUGCUGUUUCCUGGCCUUUCCCCAGGUAACAGAAUUUCGUAUAUGCUAACUUCAUGUAUUAGAAGAUCUAAAAUGGACAAUAACAGAACCACGCAGGAUCAUUCAGACUGAAACUGUGAAUGUAAACUUUAUUGGAACUUGAACUGGUGGUUUCCAAGCAACUUUGUUAUAAAUUACUUGUUAAUACUUCCUGUGCAAUGUUCUACCUUCAUUCUACAAAUAAAUUAGCUUCUUAAUUCUUUUGAAUGAUGACUGCUAAAGGCAUGAUGGAGUAACUAGCAGUAGUUAAUGGAUCUGGAUUAACACGUGCGCUCUCUCUCAUCUCUGGAGGCAUAAGUGACAUUUCAGUGACAAGAGAAAAAACGUUUGGUUUUUGAUAUUUUAGUCUUCAUUUGCCUAUACUGCUUAGCUAGUGAGUGGUUACUCUCAGAGCUGUACUCAAGAGUUGUAGCACUCUCCUAUGCUCUCGGCUGUUCAAGGUCCUGUUACUUGUCAGUCAUCGCUGUUUCUAUUUCAUUUGAAACAUUUUAGAAGUGUUUUGAACUGGUAACAUUCCAUAUGCUUUUCCUGGUAUUACUUGAAAGUACAGAGUCAAGCUGUAAUUGUGUAAUUGUUGGAUUGUGGGAGGGUUUUGUUAAAAAGAACUUGUUUAUCUCCUUGAACACAUCCAUUCAAAUAGCACUGCUGCUUCAGGAGAGUCAUACAUAGUGUUUUGCCUUCUUUUAAAUUUUAUUUUAGUUUAUUCUUUACCUUUUCCAGUGCUUGCUGUCAUUUAAAUCCUUUUAGAAAUCUCAGUGAUUUCAGUGGCAGCACAGUGGGAAUAUGUAUGGAAGUCUGAGUUGUUUUGAUUUUAUAUGUCAACGUAAUCAAAGAAUCUUAGAAUGCCAGGUUGGAAGGGACCCCAAGGAUCACCUGACCCAACUGUUCUAGAUGAUUGUGUAGUUUGAAUGUGAUGGCUGAGCACCGUGUCAGGCUGAGUCUUAAAACUAACCAAUGUAGGGGAAUCUGCUACUCUUCAGAGAUUAUUCCAGUGUCUAACAUGGAGAAAAAUCUUCUUCUGGAAUCCAUUUGAAAUCUUGCAAGGAGUAACUUGUACCCCAUUAUCUGUUGUCUUUUCCAUGUGAGAAAAGGAGUCUUCAUUGUCCUGGUAGCCAUCCUUUAUGUACUGGCAAUGUCUGUGUGUCAUCUUAUGAUUUCAGUACACAUCCUCAAGAGUUCUUUGUUGUAAUAGUCUGUGUUUCGUUUCUGCCUAGGAACUUGAGGCAUUUUCAAGUGUCUUUUCCACUCUUAUCUUGCUUGGUGUGUGUCCCAGAAUACUCUUGCCUUAAAUUUCCUCUUCUUUCCAGCUUUUAUAAAGCUGUUUUGUUUUGGUUUUUCACCUAAAACAACCAUUCUGUAAGUCAGGGACUUCUGUUUUGCAACUAUAGCAAGGGGCAAAGGAAAAGGAUAGGGAAAAAAACCAAUAAAAAUUAACAUAUGUGAAAAAUCAGUAAUUUUUCCUGUACUUGCUUGUUAUAGGAGGUAGCAUAACAUUCACCCUUCUAAGCUGCUGCACUGGUUAUAAAGAUGAAUCCUGUAAACACAAUGAAAUUCACUUUAUAUUAACAUAUACAGCUGCUUGAAUAUUGGUUAUUAAGACCACCAAAGUUCCCUCUUUAUAUAUCAGUGCAAAAUGUGCUUUCCACAAUGAGCAGGUAUUUUUCUUUUGAAAAUCUGUGGAAGGCUGAGCUCUCAGGGACAUACUGCAACUGAUGCUACAGUAUUUUGCUUGCAGGCUAACAUUAUUUCUGAAGU